AGUACAAAACAUCAGAAGCAUCCUCUAAAUUUUGAAUUGCACCUUCUGCUUCUUUAAUGCACCUGUGAAUUGUUUCAAGAUUUGUCUUCAACGUGCCUCUCCUCUUUUCGACUGACAACUAGAGUCAGAGAUCGUAGCUUUCAUCUGGAUUCAAUAUGUUGGUCUGUUGAUGGACAGAGAAGGUGAUCUUUAUUCCUUAUAUUAUUUCCAUGCACUUGGUGUGGGAAAGGUUUACAGUAUAUAGCUCAUAGAUAUUAUUUCAUUUGAUAUUAGUCUUAUGAAGCAAAUGUACCUGUAUGAUUGAGUACUCUUCUCGUAGUAUUUGAAGCAUUCGAGAGCAAGUGUCCUAAUAGUUUGUGGAGUAAUGUCUUUGUAUCUAACUGUAUAUGAGUACUUAAUAUGUACCUUUUUUAAGGCAGUAGUUUAUUUCACGUUGAGGUCCUCCCUUAGGUGUGAGUGUACGUCACAGCUAGUUGGGCAGCUGGCUGUCCUCCUCCUUUCCUUUCAGGGCUUCAAUCAAUAAUUUACCUGGCUCGGUCAUAUCGAUGGCACCUACUCCCUUUUCUCUUCCCCUCGCUCGCUUGCUCGUUCUUUCCAUGAAAACUGUUGAUGACAAGGGGGUAAAAGAGCUCAUUAGCAAAUGACAGAAAAAGGGAGAGAGGGAGGAAAGCACUAUCAUUCUAUCAGACAGGUGUUUUCGGUCUUUGGAACAACAGCAGGAACAGUGGGAGGUGACUUUCACUGCCCUAAGACGCUGAUACACAAAGGACAAGAAACGCCUGAGGAAACUUCUUCAGAAGUUUGAAUGGGAAUACAGACUGUUUACAGAAGUUUGUUCUGUCUCUGACGUAAAUUUGUUUUAGGCUUUUUCUUUGUUUGAGGUUCUUAUUGUCUUUGAAAUUCGUCACUAUGUCGGGAGCCACCAGUGACCAGCUGCACAGGUCAACUUUAACUGUCUAUUUGGUAAGUUUAUGUUGUCUCCUUGUUCUCUACUUUUGGUUUCUGUUCAUGGUGUGGACACAUGAGCUGUAAUGUAGUGUUUCAAAUGGGAGGAAGAAUUACGAUGUAUAUUUAAACAUGGCCUAGCUGGAGUGACUUGGAACCUGAUGGAGCACUUCAAUCCUGGCCUCCAGAAGCUUGUUUCUCUAGGAAACAGCUAUGUCAAAGCUUUCCAAGCCUUAGCUGUUUGCAGUGAGGCCUACUUCAGCGCUGUGGCUAAGAUGGGUGACCAGGCCCUUCACACGCUUUCAUCUCGCUCUCUUGGGGAUGUCCUGAUCCAGAUAUCAGAAACACAGAGGAGACUCACCGCGGAGAUGGAGGGAGUGUUUCGAUGGUUCCAGAUAGAGGUGUUGCAAGCCAUGGAGAAGAAUGUCAAGUUGGAUGAAGAGUACAUUGAUGGUAGUCGCCGAGUGUAUGAGCUGGAGGUGAGGAACCAGGCAGAGGCUUUGGAGAAACAGCUCAGACGAGGAGCUUACAGAGACUCUCUGGAGAACAGUGAGUACAUGCUGUACCUGAGGCAGAGCCAGCAGGAGAUCCUGAAGGAGGAGGAGAGGAGGUAUCGCUUUUUGGCAGAGAAACACUGUGGCCUCACUCAGUCACUGCUCUUCCUUAUAAACAAGACUGGUACAUCUCUCCAGCAAAAGGCAGAUGGAUGGAAGGAGAAAGUGACUGACACCAGAGGGUCCAGACCGCGAACUCCCACCCAUUUGGACCAAGAGGCCCAGCUGCGAGGUUCAGUGAGCUCCCUGUUGCAGACAGUAGCCAGAGAUGAAGAUAUGUCCUGGGCAAGGAGGGAGCAGCAGGCACUGGGCAGAGUGCCCUCUAGAGCGCCGUCUCCCCUCCCCAGCCGCUCUCGCUCCAGCUCAGUGGGGGAAUCUCUGGGUCUGGGUGGAGGGAGAGCCAUGAGAGCCCUGGUGUCUCAUCCCUCCUCAUCCAACCCAAAGCUUCUACCUUUCAACAGGGGAGAGACUGUCACUGUACUGGUCCAGGAGCCACGCAACGGCUGGCUGUAUGGACGCACUGACAGCAGCCUGCGUCAGGGCUGGUUCCCUGCAGCUUAUGUGGCCCCUAUCGAGGACUUCUCCAACACUUUAGCAACAAGUGGUGGUUCUCUAAGAAGCCACAGUAUGAACAAUCUGCGGGACCCCACUGACACCUAUACUGACCAAUCAGAGAGCAAAAGCUAUGGAGAUGUCCCACCACCAGCCACACCCAACCGCAGAGCCUCUGUAGACUUCCGGCCGAACUCUCCUCUCCCUGAGAAGAAGCUGGAGCCCAGUCAGACGAAGAGCUUCAAUGAACACCCACCUCCACCUCCUCCUCCACCGCCUCCUCUUCCCCCGAGUCAGAAUCUUAGAAGGGGCUCUGCAGAUUUUCGACCAAUCUCUCCCCUCCCUGACAGGAAGGGUGAAUCAGCAUCUGAUGUCCAGGCAUUAUCACCCCAUGGGCCACCUGAAAACCCACUGUUUCCCAGAGGCACAAACCCAUUCGCCACUGUAAAGCUUCGCCCCACGACGACCAAUGACAGAUCUGCUCCUCGUAUCCCCUGAUCCGUCAUUGCUCAUGCAGGCAGGGUUUGUAACCGAGGCUGCCAGAUCAGGUUGUGCAGGCAGGAUAUGCAGUUUUGUUUCAGGAGAAUGUAAUGACAUCUCUGAAAUGUGAAGGCUUUGAGCCAGAGGGGCAGAGGAAAGUUUGGUGAGUUUUUUGUACAGUGUUAAGAUGAGGUAUUUCUUAUACGAAAAGCAAAAGUGAUACUGUAGUACAUCUAAGUAAUUUAAUAUCAAAACCAUAAACUUUUAAAAUAGUUGUUUUAUCAACUCUUUGUACAGUAUUUAAGUUUUUAUAUAGAUAAGGAAUAGUUAGACAUUUUGGGAAAUAUGCUCGCUCGAAGGUUAGAUGAGAGGAUCGAUACCACUCUCAUAUCUGUCUGCAGCUGGUUAGCUUAGCAAAAAUACUUGAAACAAGGGUACACUGCUAGCCAGGGUCUGCCCAAAGGUAACAAAAUCCACCUACCAGCACCUUUUUUGUUUUUGUUACAUCUGAACAGAGCCAUUCUAGCUGUUGUCCCGUUUCCAGUCUUUAUGCUAAGCUAAGUUACCUGGCUGCAACAUAUUUAGUGUACAGACAUGCGAGUGGUAUUGAUCUUCUCAUCUAAAUCUAGGCAAGAAAAGUGAAUAACGGUAUUUCCCAAAAUGUCAAACUAUUCCUUUAAGCUGAUAAUAGCACAUGUUUAUUUUAUUUGCUUAAGCUGUCAUGUGUCUUGCUCUCAUGCUAUGCUCAUUUUAUAAGCAAAUGUGUCCCAAAUCAGAAUUUUUUAUUCAUGUGACACAGAUCUGAUUUGAUAGAUCUGAACAUAAAAAUAUUAUCCUUUCAACUCUGACUUGGGCCACUUUUGUAUUUGAUCCUAAAUACACUAUGAUACACAUCGGAUCUAAUAGUUUUCCUUCAGGCCACAGCUUCUCACCUACUGAUUGUAAAUUUGUAAUCCUCUUCACUGUCCUGUGAUUGACAUGUUUUGCAAUGUUCAGUGCGUGUAUUUAAUGUUUUGUGUCCACUGUGAGUAACAAUAAGUAAAGAGACAGUAAUUACUCAA